CGGGCCGUGUCCCUCGAGUUUCCGCCACAGGUUGCGCGGACACAGGCAUUCUCCUCGCACAGCUCUCUCAUCUAGCAGGCUCACCAUUCGGUGGUUACGCCAGGAUGAGCACUCACGAAGAGGCUAGCGGUGCCGAAGAAUACAAGUACUACUCUCACGACAAUUCUGAGAGCGAGGCAUUGCUCCCACUCCCAGUCGCGACGGAACAGCAGCCAGAGGCCCCGCGCAAGCCGACAACAUCCAGGUGUACUGCGGCCCAUUCACCCUGGCUCCUAGCAUUAGCUUUCUUCGGGGGCGCCCUCACAUGCGGUGUUCUCCAGUACGUCGCCGGCUCUCACCAAUGGUUAGUGACUGGAGGUCGACCUCCUGUUUCUGAUGAUGCACAUGCACUCGCUCCUCCCUACGUCGGCUCUACCGAGAUUCACCACUUCCCUCCUUCUUCACCAACCAAUGCGUAUCCCUCUCUGUUUCCUACGGACGUGGGUUACGCUGGGCCUACUCCUACAGGCGCGGAACCGGCACUUAUAGCGACCGCUCCUUCAUAUCCCAUCCAUAGCGGCGCAGCUCAUCUUGUGUCGCCUGAAUUCACAAAGUCGAAGUCCAACAAGACCGAUUUCAGCUUAUUCAAGCAUUGGGGCAACUUGUCACCUUGGUACAGCGUUGGCAAGGAUGCUUUUGGUUUGGAUUCGACUCCUGGGCCUCCGGAAACGUGUAGGGUGACCGGACUGCAUUUCUUGCACCGUCACGGUGCUCGGUAUCCAACUGGAUGGGCAUCUUAUGGUGGUCCAGUCAACUUCGCAGCCAAGCUUAACAAGUACGCCUCCCGCUGGAAUGCAACCGGAAGUUUGGGAUUCUUGAAUGAAUGGACAUACAAGUUAGGCGAGGAGAUAUUGACACCCUUCGGGAGGCAGCAGUUAUUCGAUCUCGGCGUCUCCUUGAGAAUGAAGUAUGGCUUCCUGUUGAAGAACUUCACGGAGACAAAUACGAUACCCGUCUUCCGUACGGAGUCCCAGGAUCGUAUGCUCGCAUCCGCGCUCAACUUCGCGAUUGGCUUUUUUGGGUAUCCACUCGAUGGACAAUACGAGCAAAGUAUCACCGUUGAGGAGAAUGGCUACAACAACACCCUCGCCCCCUAUAAGACAUGCCCGAAUGCUGCCAUUACCGCGAAGGCAGACCGAGCUCAUCCGUACGUCUCCCAGUGGGUCUCCAUAUAUCUUCGGAAGGCCCUUUCUCGUCUCCAGCCGCAGCUGGAGGGCGUAGACUUGACCAUUGAGGAUGUCUAUACGAUGCAGCAGCUGUGUGCAUACGAGACUGUGGCUAUCGGAUACUCCAGGUUCUGCGAGCUGUUCACUGAGGAGGAAUGGAAGGGCUUCGAUUAUGCUAUGGAUUUGUACUUCUGGUAUGAUUCAGCAUUCGGGGCACCGCUCAGCAGAGUCCUGGGUGUUGGCUACAUCCAGGAGCUUGUCGCUCGGCUUACGCACAGCCCUAUCGAAACGCACAAUACAUCGACUAACGCGACAUUGGCCGACGACCCACUCACAUUCCCAUUGAACCAGAGUUUGUACGUUGAUGCGACUCAUGAAGUCGUUGUGUUGCAUGUCAUCACUGCGCUAAACUUGACGACGCUUGCUGCGAAUGGCCCUCUACCUGCUGAUCACAUACCCGAGAACCAGUCCUUCAAGGCUUCUCGUCUUGCGCCUUUCGCUACAAACAUCCAGUUCCAAUUGCUGUCAUGCUCGUCCAUCCCUGAUCCGCAGAUUAGGAUCAUCAUCAAUGACGGCGUCGUUCCGCUGACGGGCAUCAAGGGUUGCCCGCAGCAGAAGGACGGGAUGUGUCCCGUUGAUACUUUUGUGCAGGGUCAAAAGGAGAUCAUACGGGAAACGGAUUGGGAGUGGGGCUGCUAUGGCGAUUGGGAGGUCCCACAGGGCCCGGCCUGGAACACCACGACGGGAUCGCCUCCUCCACGAUAAGAUCCCCUGACUAGUGAUAUUAGGGCAUGAGGCGCGAAAGCUGCCGCCGGCUGCUCGUUCACAUUCACGUCCGCGACCCCGUUGGUGUGUGGGAUGGCGAAUGCGCGCGUUCGGACCUAUACAUCCAUGCCGAGAAUCGCCAACGGUCUUUGACAAUGACACGCAGAGUUUUAUGUGUACGCGAACGAGCGGCUAGAGUAGGCGGUGGAUGAAGCGCUGAAGCUCGGCAGGCCCGACAACAAGCGCCACAGGCAAACAAACACAACUAAACGACACGAGGACGUUCAGCGGCGACGCGAGAG